AUGUCCUCCUCACCCUUUCCCCGACUUCGUGGUGCCCCCUUUGGCCCUGGCGCCCUGAGCCCCUGCUCAGCCUGCUUCGCGGUGAACCCGCCCCAGGCCUCUCUGCCGCCGCCCUACUCGGGCUCCCCGUCUCCGAGGGCGGCGGGCCUGGCCAAGGGCAGCGACGGAAGCAGGAGUCCGGCAAGGGCUGCUGAAGGGCCGGUCAGGACCGCUUGCCGCAGAACCGGGCUGCGGAGGCCGGGCCGCGCCGCCGACGGGAUGCUGCCUCCGGCACGGGACCUUGUCACGCCUGCCCUUCACGGCCUGCGGACAGCGGGGCCACGGUGGCCCUCGCCCAACCAUCGUCACCGUCCCCUGGCUGCUGAAAGCGAAGUCGAGAUGCGGUUCGGGACCAAGUGUGCGGCUUGCCAGCAGGGCAUCCCCCCCACGCAGGUGGUCCGGCGGGCCCAGGACUUCGUCUACCACCUCCACUGCUUCUCCUGCGUCGUGUGCAAGCGGCAGCUGGCCACCGGGGAUGAGUUCUACCUGAUGGAAGACAGCCGGCUGGUCUGCAAGGCCGACUACGAGACUGCCAAGCAACGAGAUGAGGCUGAAUCCACAGCAAAGAGACCCCGCACGACAAUCACAGCCAAACAAUUGGAAACCUUGAAAAAUGCUUACAACAACUCACCCAAACCAGCUCGGCAUGUGAGAGAGCAGCUCUCUUCUGAGACAGGCCUGGAUAUGCGGGUUGUGCAGGUUUGGUUCCAGAACAGAAGGGCCAAAGAAAAACGCUUAAAGAAAGAUGCUGGGAGACAGAGAUGGGGACAGUACUUCAGAAACAUGAAGCGCUCAAGAGGGAACUCCAAAUCGGACAAGGAAAGCAUCCAGGAAGAAGGUCCAGACAGUGAUGCUGAGGUCUCCUUCACAGAUGAACCGUCUAUCUCCGAGAUAAGCCACUCCAAUGGUAUUUACAGCAACCUUAGUGAAACGUCCCCUGCUCUGGGGAGACAAGCUGGGACCAAUGGCAGCUUCUCUUUGGAACACAGUGGCCUUCCAGCUCAGGAACAAUACCGUGAUCUCCGAUCGAGCAGCCCCUACGGCAUCCCUCAGUCACCAGCCUCUUUGCAAGCGCUGCCUGGUCACCAGUCCUUGAUGUCCACCUUGGUUUAUCCUGACAAUAGCUUGGGAGUCAUAGGCCAAGGUGGGCAAGCUGUGCCUCCACCCAUGAGAGUACUAGGUGGGAACGGACCCAGUUCAGACCUCUCCACAGGAAGCAGCGGAGGCUACCCAGACUUCCCUGCAAGCCCUGCCUCUUGGUUAGAUGAGGUUGAUCAUGCUCAGUUUUGA